AUGGCUGAGACGGCGCAGAAGACAUCGUGGACUCCCCCACAAGGCAACUCAUCACAGUUCGGCGUCGACAGACCUGCUACCCAGACCGCGAAGGCACAGGAUGAUGGCGAUGGCGGGUUCAGGCCAAACGCCGGCGCCUCGAUGCUGGAUAUGGAGGCGAUCGGUGACCGCAAGAACGAGAACUCGUACGAAUGGCAGAAGAAGCAGGGCAUCGAUCGGUCAAAGCAGGUCCAGAUCGUGAAGGUGUCGCACAUGCGAUACCAGCAUAACGAUCUGGACACAAUGACAAAGUUCCUGAAGGACUUUGGUAUGCACAUCGUCAAGGAGAGCGAGGACAAGGAGCGGAUCUGGUGGAGAGGCUAUGGCAACGACCAAUACGUCUACUACGCUCAGAAAGGACCAGAGAGGAAGUUCCUGGGUGGCUGCUUCGAAGUCGAGAGUCACGCAGAACUCGAGAAGGCUACGAAGAUACCUGGCGCCGGCAAGAUUGAGGAGAUGACCGAGGCGCCGGGAGGUGGCCAUCUCCUCACCAUCCAUGACCCAGCUGGCUUCCCGAUCAACCUCAUCUACGGCCAGGAACCCGCGCCUCGCGGUGACUACCCGAACAAAAUCAUCCACAACUACGAAGUUGAGAAACCGCGUGUACGGAAGUUCAACCGUUUCACUCCUGGUCCUGCUGCAGUGCACAAACUGGGCCACUACGGCUAUUGUGUGACGAACUUCGAAGAGGAGCUGGAUUUCUACACCAAGAACUUCAACCUCAUACCUACAGACUUCCUCUACGUGCCUGACGAGAGUGGGCAGAAUAAGGACGUAGCCGUCUUUAUGCAUGUAGACCGUGGCGAGGAUCCCACAGACCAUCAUACGCUGUUCAUGGCGCAUAACCCUACAACGCAUGUCCACCAUGCAUCUUUCGAGGUGCACGACUUCGAUACGCAGAACCUUGGACAUCAGUGGCUGGGUGCGCAGGGCUAUACCAGCGUCUGGGGUGUCGGAAGACACAUAUUGGGCAGUCAGAUUUUUGACUACUGGUGGGACACGACAGGCAACAUGAUCGAGCAUUAUGCGGACGGAGAUCUAGUCAACAAGGACACGCCCAUCGGGUGGAUGCAUGCUGGGGACGAGAGUCUGGCUGUCUGGGGUCCCGAGGUUCCGAAGUGGUUCUUGGACUGA